AUGACUAGCCCGAGACGUUCUAAAAAGAGUGGCCAGUGUGUUUUACAACACUUGGACUGGGAUUCUCCGUCGGCGGCAACUGGAACGGUUAAAAGGAGAAGAUCUUCAUGCCCUGAAAAUUCAAAACGUAGCGUGACCAAAGAUGAAGGGUCUUUCGAAACUCAAACUACGUCUGAUUACGGCAGCGGCACAUCCAGGACUCUCAGUGAAAGUGAUAAAUCUGAUUCUCUCAUAGAAGUAGAAGAAAGAAUAUCAUGUAUUAUAAAUGAGAAUAGAUCAUCUCAAAGUAAUUCUGAAUCAGGCGAUGUAGAUAUAAUAAUAGACAGUUUUUUAGAUAAUCCUAUCGAUGAAGAAUUAUUAGCACGAAAUGAUUUGCUUAAAUGUGAUCGAAGUAAUACUUUUAUAAAAGUAGGAAAUAUUUCAUCAGAUAGAGAAAAUCUACAUUCUACACAAACAACACAAAAGACUAAAGAAAGAAGAUUAAAAACUCCAAUACCUAUCAAAAAGCUCAAUAAAUCUUUAGAUAUUGUAAGAAGUACAAAAGCAACAAACACAAAAUUAUUAAGUGACAAAUCUAGUGUUUUACCAAUAUACAAAAGUAAUGUACGAGAAUGUGGCGUAGACUUAAGUGGUAGCAAUCAAAAAAGGAAAAAUUCUAAAUUAAAAUUGCCAUUUUCACCGCCAAAAUCCAUGGAAAAACCAAAGGUAAAUUUCUUUCAAAAUAAAGCAAUAUCACAAGAGACUAAACCGUCACCCCUGCUGUCAUCUCCAUUGAGAAGGACAAUAUCUAAUGAAUAUGUGCGUUUAAAAUUUACAAACGACACUGUCGUAAGACGCACAAUUGAUGGCAGGUCGAUACAAAAAAUAACUCCAAAAAUACAGUCAAUCAUACCUGAAAGUCCAAUAGAUAGUGAAGACCCCUUUUUGAACUUAAGCCCAAACAAGAAAUAUACAGUAACUGUGAACAAUAAAGUAAGAUGUGAUAAGGACAAUUACGUCAUUUUUGACCCUAGUACUGGUUUUAAGUCCGAUGAAACACAGCGACAAUCUCGUCUACCACCCAAAGCUUCGGAGAAGUCUAAAAUACCGUUGAAAUCGCCUGUUGGUGAAAAAUCUAUAGUGACUAGAAAAUCAGUGAGUGACACAGAUAGUGGUAUUUUGUCCCCAAAUUCGCCAGGUGAAACAAGCGACAAAGUGAACUCUUACUAUGUGAAUGCAGCAGUGUUUAGUGACACAGCUAAAAAAUUUACACCGGACUUAGACAUCCGAAUACUUGAUCCAGCAGUGGCAAAAAAGGCAACGGAACAAAUAAAGGUAAAUAUUUUG